AUGGAUGUUUCCGAGAGCGAGUUCCUUCAGAAAGUGAAAGCAAAGGAACAAAACAAGGUUGGUUUUGAAAACGUCAUCGUUUUGAUGAAGGAAGAAGAUGAUGAUGAUGUUGAGUGGGGUCCACAACCGUUCGUGAAGAAGAUAUUGAAAAUGGUGGAAGAUGAGAGCUUGAAGCGAAUUGUGUCGUGGGGUGAAGGGCGUUGCAGUUUCGUGGUUUGGAAUUCUGCUAAGUUCAGCAAAACCAUUCUUCCAAACUACUUCAAGCACAGUAACUUCUCUAGCUUCCUUCGCCAACUUAACAACUAUGGGUUUAAGAAGGUUAAUCCAAAGCGUUGGGAGUUUGCAUGUGAAGGUUUUCAACCAGGAAAAAGGCAUUUACUGAAGAAUAUCGUGAGAAGAGGAAGAAAGAACAAGUUUCAAGGUGAAGUUGAUGAGCUGAAGAAGGAGAAGAACGUGUUAGCAGUGGAGAUUCUGAAGCUCACACAACGGCUUAAGGAUUCACAGGUUCAACUUAACAAUUUUGAAGAACGGCUUCGGUAUGUUGAGUUGAAGCAAUAUCAGAUGUUGGAUUUGUUCAGCAGAAUGGUCAAGAGAUGCAAAUUGUUGGGACCUCAGUACUAUUUGAGUUUCUCUAAUAAGGGCACAAACACUAGCUCAAACUUUGGUUAUUAUAGACAGCAAGGUUGUGAACAAAAUGGUAUCUUGUCAGAGACUGUGAAAGAUGAUUCAUACAUAUCUACACAUGGUUAUGAUGUGUCACAUGCUUAUGAUGGUGUGUUAGAAGAAUUACUAAGUGAGAAUUUUGAUGAGGAUGUAAAUGUAAGUGUGAAUGAGUCAAAUAUAUAUCUUGAGUUGGAGAGUUUGAUUGGAUCCACAAAUGGAUUGGUGGGGUGA